UGGUCAGUAUAGAUUUGGCCUUUAGGUGUUCCGCGUGUUUCUUUGCAGUUGUAUUAACGUUUUCAAAAAGUACAUUAAAUAAAGCAGCCAACAUGCCACGAAUUAUAAUUAACGGAGGUGUUUAGAGGGACACCACAGAAGAGAUCCUUCGAAGUGGUCGAAAUGGGAUGCCGCACAAACUGAUGGUCGUAGAUUGUCUUUUUAUUACACACAAGGUCGACCCGACAAUGCAAGGCUUGACGUGGCUCGAACGGUCCGAUGCCAACGUUAAAAAGACCGAACGGUGCAGAGAACGGGACGAGAAACUGUUGGUGUGUGGUCAAGCCCAACUCCCGGCCCUCCAGCAGUGCCGCCAGCCCUCAUACGGUCUCCAGUUGCAUUUCACGGGCUCUCUGUGUCGUCCCUUUCCCGAAGAAAAGAACGACGAACACUCCUUUGGGCCAACUACAGCUGUAAGUCAUCAAAAAAGCAAAACGGAUAAUCCCAGAAUGAUAAAACAUCCCAAACCCGAAACAAAACCGGCUGUAGGAGUUCCAGCCAGGACGAAGGAAAAAGACGAGACGGAAGGUGCGUGGAAUGCAGUUGGAGACUGCAAGAAGGCAGAGGGCGAUGUGCAAGUGCCGGAGGUCGAGUCCGAUCAAAUGCACCAGUUUUUCGUCCCCUACUUUGGACCAUUUUGUCUUUCCAAUUUCGGGAUCCGGCCGUUCGAUCCGCCGAGCUUUGCAUUCUUUGGUCGACUGUCUGCGUAACAAGGAGGCGAUCAGCGACCAUUUACUUCUCCUGCGUUUCAUUACUACCGUCCGGAGGGUUUCGUCCUGGUGUUUCCUCUAAACACCUUCUUUAGUAAUUCGUGGCAUGUUGCUACUUGAUUUAAUAUACUUUUUGCAAACGUUAACACAACGAUAAAGAAACCCACGGAACACCUAAAGACCAAACUUAUACUGCAACUCGGGUCUGAACAAGAGGAAUGUGAAAGACAAACUAAAAUUUCCUCAGCAGGAAGUUUUAGUUUUUCCCUGUAGUUUUUUCUUUCGUAUUCCUCUUGUUCAGACCCGAGAUGCACUUCAAGUUAUUGCUGUAACGUUUAAGAUGGAAGCAACGAUCUCGUUCGACUCCCGGAACUUCUGCAACGUCGUUAGCCUUCUUGCCUCCUCCAACUGCUUCUACGCAUUUGUUUUGUUCUUAUUUCAAGACAACGUUCCUCACUUAACCUGAUGUAAUCGCCGGAGAUGGUCUGCAGCACCUCAAACUGAUGUGAUAAUCCACUAAAUUGAAAAGUGAUGGUAGCAAUUCAUCUUCAUACAUCUUUGAAGGUGGUGGAUAUUGGACGUUAUUAACUAUUUUGUAUAAUUUGUUAUUUUAUUGUUUCAAUAGUUAAAACAAUAAAGUUUGAUUAUUUAUUUAUAGUA